GGGAAAGAGGCUGUGUCCACCAUGGCCUGGACUCCUCUCCUCCUCCUGCUCCUCUCUCACUGCACAGGUUCCCUCUCCCAGCCUGUGCUGACUCAGCCAACCUCCCUCUCAGCAUCUCCUGGAGCAUCAGCCAGACUCACCUGCACCUUGCGCAGUGGCAUCAGUGUUGGUAGUUACAGGAUAUACUGGUACCAGCAGAAGCCAGGGAGUCCUCGCCGGUAUCUUCUGAACUACUACUCAGACUCAGAUAAGCACCAGGGCUCUGGAGUCCCCAGCCGCUUCUCUGGAUCCAAAGAUGCUUCGGCCAAUGCAGGGAUUUUACUCAUCUCUGGGCUCCAGCCUGAGGAUGAGGCUGACUAUUACUGUAUGAUUUGGCACGACAAUGCUUCUCACAUCUCAGUAAAACAAAGCGAAACCAAACCACCUGAUGACCCUGAAGCGUUGGCUGCGUGUCCAUAUGUGCUGACACCAGUGCCUGUGGAGCUGGACUAUUUUUUUCUUGAAAGAAGCAAAAUGAGGCUUUCCAAGCUCACAGCAUGCUCAGAGCCUGGGGACAUGGUAGCAGGUGAACAGUCCCCUGCAGCAUGGACUCUGCUCUUCCGGCGUACAAGCAGAGACCUCCCCUUCCAUCCCCAGUAG